GUUCCGGUGUCAGUAUAGCUUCUUCCCUGGUGACACUUGGCGUGGGGAAACGGUUGAGUUUAGUAUAAAAUCGACCAUGUCUCGGAAUGUCGGACUAACGGUUCUUACCCCUGUUGAGAAAUGCAGAAGAUAUUCUAGCAGGACUGUGUGGACUUAAACAACGUUGGUCUAUGAUUUACCCUGUACACAACGCCUUCACUUCAGCCUUCAAAAUAACUUACGAGAGGUUGCCCACUACUAUUCGUGAAUCUUCAGUUUGGCCAGUUAUUUCUACUUUCGGUUUCACAACAGUGGAAGAAGCCAGAAUGGAACGACUUACAAAUAUCUGUGAAGCUACCAGCCAGUCGUUGGAUCUGGAUACAUUCAGACCUACUCACAGAAAGGGUAAAAAACUGCUUGCAGAAAAGAAACGGAGAGCAAGAAUCAACAACUGUCUGAUGCAGAUUCGAGAUAUUGUGUGUGAAGGAGAUGAAGAUAAGGAAACAGAUUUGGAUAAAAUGGAAAAGGCAGAAAUUCUGGAGAAAACGCUGGAAGUUCUGACGCGGCUUAGGACAGAGACUGGUUCAUCGCGUGAUAGCUCUUUCUCUGCCCGCAAAGCCAUGGCUGUCAGAUAUGCCUCAGGGUUCAGCUCCUGUGCUGAAGAAUCCAUCAGGUACAUUCAAAAUUCUCGCCUGGUGCCCUCUGAGGUCAAAGUCCAGCUUCAGAAUCACUUACGUACAAUUGCUCGACAAAUGGAGACAGUUGUUCAAGUAGAGGAGCACCCUGUGUCUAGUUAUGCCAUACAGAUGACUCCGCCCUCAGCGUCACAAGAUCAUGUCAGUUUUCAGCGACCACCUGUCAGCAGUUUUGACUCAAGGCGGUGCUAUAUUCCAUCACCCAUUCAGUCAUCAACACCCAUUUCACAAAAACUUUCUAAUCAGCCACAGCAAGAGCAGCCAUUGGUUCAGUGUGAUGGUAAUGUGGUGGUUGAGUCAAAGCCAUCUGAGGAUAUUUCAGAUCAGUCGUUCAUCGAAAACAAAGACCCAACUUUCUCUGAGCAGGAAGCAACAUCAACCAUAGACAGACCCAGCCCAACCUCCCAACAGAUCUUCAGGCCUUGCCCUGAGCAUAAUAUCUUACCUGUACACGAGAACUCUGCUUUUGUUAAAAUGAGUGGAUCAUUGGCAUCUCUACGGCGGGAUAAUCUUCCCCUCAGUCGCUCUGUGUCCCCCCCUACACCUCGACAUGCAAGUAUUAAUAUCACGACCCAUUCCCUCCCGGCUACCCCAGUCUCUCCAGCCUCAGAGUCGGGUCUUCCCCAUAAAGAACAGCCACUGUAUCAGUACUAUGGGUACGAACCCCUGCCUGUCAUCCCAAGAACUCCUGUGCAUCCUUACAUGAGCCACACUGCUGUGUAUGACAAUGCUGUUCAGAUAGCUGGUGAUUUGUCUUUGAAGCCACAAACCCCGAACAAUGCUCUCAACCUCUGCACAAAGCGACAGUCACAGCAGAUCUCCCCGGAAACGAUGUGGCGGCCGUGGUGAGAAUUGUCGUCUCAGUGACAUUUGAUUGUACUUAAUCUUUAUUGUCAACAUUAUUUUAAAGUAAGGUAAAAAUAGAAUUCCAGUGGUGAAACCUGAGCUGGACCGACUUGUUAUCAAUGCACUGUACAUUUUGCAUUCUGUUAUUCGAUGUGUUUGGAAAAGCAUUUUUGCUUCAGCACCCUCUGUCAUAAAAGUUUGACAUGUUGUGUGAAGUAUCAGUUAUCAAGUUAUGGCUUUAUAGCUUAAAAAAUCCUAAAGGUUGCUGUAUCUGAGGUGUUUGUAUUUAUGUUGAAUUGUCAAAAAACUCCUUUUUUACAAAAAUACUUAAUCAGCACAGCAAGUGAUAUGUUUGUGUCAUGAACUUCUUGUUGAACGUGAAAAGAGGCUCUCCUGUAUUUAUUCUAUUACAUUACACACAUAAUAUUUAUUGUCCACUCUUCUUGUCUUUAGUAUAAUGGAAAGAGAGACACUCUUCAUUUGUUGGAUUAAUUUUACUGCUUUCUGAAAGUUGUCUUCUAUUCUAAAGAACAGAAUAAUGCCUAUCUAACUCUCUAAGAAGAAGAUCAAACCAAAUUGGGGGCAGGGGUUGGAAAUUAAAUUUGUCAACAGUUUAGAAAAAAGUUGUCCACAACAAAACUUGCUUUGUGUACAUUGUCAGUCUAGAACAAGCAUCUUGAAUGCGUCUUUUUGUUGUUGUCUAUUAUUGGGUUAUGAGCUGAGUUUAGAAUAGUAUCAUAUAUUUUGAAAUUAUUAGUUUCAGUAGAUCUAAUCAUUUUUAUUAGCAUUCCAAAGCAUUUCUGUGAUAUCUUGUGGCAUAUUAACAUUAAUAAAUAUUAUCAUUAUAAUUCAUGAUUCAUUGCUGUUGACAUGCAAUUAAAGUCAACGCAAUUUGAUAUAAUA